AUGCCUGAAACAACCCACGCCUCCCACGCCACCGACCCAGUGAACAACCCCAAGGUUCCCGGCAAGGUCCAAGAGAAAGCACCCAUCGGCGUUGAAGAGGCCCUCCCCAACAAGAUCCACGACACCUCCAACCCAACCGCCUCCACCCACAACAUUGGCGGACCUGAGAACUCCAAAGUACCGACUUCCGCUGCCCAAGGAUUGACUCCAAAGCAAGAGAACAAGGCUCCAGAGAGCGUGCACCCAACGGGCAACCCAGAUAAGGUCAACCACAGCCAGGGUCACACGAUUGUGCCAAACAAGAUUGCAGAGGCGCUGCCAACGAAGGUCGAGCAGAAGGUUCCGGAUGCGCUCCAUGAUACCAGCGGAAAGAAGAGCCACAAUUAG